UAAUAUCGUCCUCCCUUUAUCACUAAUCUAAAAACACCCAUCUCUCUCGCUGCGUCUCUCUACACAUCUCUCCCGAUAUCUCUCUCUACAAGCCCUAGGUUUAAUUUCUCAGUGAAUCAGCAAAUCCCAUGAAUUGAUUGAUACAGAGAUAUGUUUAUGCUCUCGCGAUUUGCGUGCUAGGGUUUCAGUUCGCUAUUAUUGCUCAAUUACAUGCUAUCAGUUAUGAAUAAUAAAGAUGAUGUAGAUACAGAUAUCAAAGAUUUAGGUGAAAAGAUUGUUGCUUUUGAUGAAUCUAGUGAUGGUAAUGAUAGUCUAGAUGUUAAAUGUAACGAUGGUGAUGAAGCUGGGGUUUCUGAAUUGAAGAAAGUUUCAAAAGAUAAGAUUUUGGGGGAAAAUGAGGGGUUGAUUGAUUGGGUUGGUGGCGAUGAGAAAGUUAAAAAAGGGAAGGAGAUUAGUGGUCGGAAUGACGAGAGUGGUCGGGUGGAGGUGAGUGAUAGUGGAGUGCGGAAAGGGGAGAAGGGGAAGGAGAGAAGGAUGAAAAGGGUUGAAAAAGUCGAGAAAUAUGAGGGGUUUGAGAUAGGGGAUUUAGUUUGGGGGAAGGUGAAAUCGCAUCCUUGGUGGCCGGGACAGAUCUAUAACGAGAAAUUAGCGUCGCCGGAGGUUUGUAGGUUGAAGACGGCAGGGUAUGUGUUGGUGGCAUUUUUUGGUGAUUGUAGCUAUGGUUGGUUUGAUCCUGCUGAGCUUGUGCGGUUUGACUUUGGUUAUGCUGAGAAAUCACGGCAGGUGAGUUCUAGGACUUUUAUUAGAGCUGUUGAAGAAGCUGUUGAUGAGGCGAGCCGGAGGCGGUCUCUGGGCUUGGCUUGUCGAUGUAGAAAUUUGUAUAAUUUUCAUCCAACAGCUGUUGAGGGGUAUGUUUCUGUUGAUGUUGGUGAGUAUGAGUCAGGUAGUGUAUACUCUGUUGAUCAGAUAAGAAGAUCAAGGGAUGAAUUUAAGCCUACCGAGGUGCUUGGUUUUGUGAAUCAACUGGCGUUGUCACCUACUGAAGUCAAGCAUGAGGCCAUAGAAUUUGUGAAGGAUAAGGCCACUGCUCUUGCCUACAGGAAAGCAGUGUAUGCGGAAUUUGAUGAGACCUAUGCACAGGCAUUUGGUUUAGAGCCUGAGCACCCUUCUCGUGCACAUAUGCUAGCCCUGAACCAGCUUCCAAAAGCAGCAAAUCCAGUUCCAUUAAGUGGCCCUCUGGUAAUUGCUGAAGUCCUUGGUAAGGGGAAGGGUUCUUCAAAGUCUAAUAAAUCCAGGGAGCGUGCAAAGAAGGAUCAGUAUCUAUUUAAGCGGAGAGAUGAAACAAAUGACUCAAAGACUAAUGUUCCUGUCCUUCCCGGCGAAGCUGCUUCCUCAGAGCAGCCAGUUUUUGUAGAUGGCUCUUUGGCAAUAUCAGCCAAUGAGUGCCCUUCGCAAAAAAAAUCAGCAAAGGUCUCUAAAAAGCACAAGGAUUCACUAAAACAGCAAGGAGCAGAAAGUUCAGUGAGAGGAGCAAUCUCAGAUCUGAGACAAGAAGCAGGUGGGAAAGGAGAUAUAAGGGAUGAUAAGCCUUCUGGCUUGGAGUUUGGCCAUUCUGACUCCCAUAUGAAUUCGGUUAAUUCUUCCAAUAAUAAACCAGUGGGUGAAGCUCCAUCUCACUCUUGCCAAGCGUAUGAAGCAAAAUCUUCCCAGAAUGAGGGAACGGUUGUAGGGCUGAGAAGUCAAGAGAGCUCUAGAUCUGAUUCAGUGGUUGAUGGCAAACAUGACAAAGCACCUUUAAUGACCAUUGCAUCUGUUGGAAGUCCUGAGCUGUCUUCGAGUCAAGCAGCUAAAACUGAAGUACAUGGAGAACAAGCUCAUGAUGGUGGUGUUGGACAUCCUUUGGGAACAGGUAAUGCAAAGUCUAAUAAAGAUGGUCUAGAUAUAAAUGAUGGCAUUCAAGCAAAGAAAGUCAAGGUCCGUAAGCGACCUGCUGAUAAAGUGAACAGUGAGAAUUCUGUGCCAUUGAUGAAGAAGAAGAGAAAGAAAGAAACAUUAAAUUCCGAAAAUUUGAAAAAUAAUCAGUCUUGUGGAGAAGUUGAGGCGUCAGUGGGGAGCAUAGCUAAAUCACCUGCGCAAGUUGCUACCGCCUCCCGAGAGGAGUUGCACGUGGAGCUUCAGGGGAAUGGAAGUAAGAUCACGGUCGAAACUAUUCUGGCACAGAAGAUGAGUCUAGCGGAGAAGAUAGAGUUGGAGUCUCCAGAAUUACUUCAUUCCUUGAAAGCUUUUGCUCGCAGUUACAAGGGAGGCAGCAACAGCUGUAUGGAAGCUGUUCGGCAAGCUUUCCUUAGAUAUCGUUCACUUGUUUUUGAAAAGAGCUUGGUCCUAUUGCCAGCUGACAGUGGGUUGGCCGAAACUCAUAUCAGUGAGCCUCCAACUGGUACCAAAACCGUUGAUAUCCCUGCUGAAGAUGUUAAAGAGAGACAAUUAAUCAAACCCCAUAGACAAGUGGCUAGGCCUGAAGAUCCAUCUAAAGGCGGGCUGAAACGGGGACCAUCUGAUCGCCAAGAAGAAAUUGCUGCAAAGAAGAAGAAAAAAAUUAAUGACGCGAAAGAAUUAAAAACAAUGAAGGCCAGUCAGAAAACUGUAGUUAUGCAGCAGGGCAAAGAAGUAAGCGGGCAGAAAAUGAAGUCAAUUAAACCAGCACCUCUCAAAGAAGCACGCGGGCCCACAAUGAAAUCAACGAAGCCGAAAGCUCUCUCAGAAGCAAGUGUGCCAACAAUGAGAUCACUUAAACCAGCACCUCUCAAGAAGACGGAGCCUUCCGCAAAAGCACCAGGUCCGUUGAUGUUGGUGAUGAAGUUUCCACCCCAAGGAACACUGCCAUCUAUGAUGGAACUUAAGGCUCGGUUUGCCCGUUUUGGGCAAUUAGAUCAUUCUGCUACACGUAUAUUCUGGAAGAGCUCAACAUGUCGUCUGGUAUAUCGACGCAGGGUUGAUGCAGAGGCGGCAUGUAGAUUUGCUUCUACUCAUAACUUGUUCGGGAAUGCUGAUGUCAGGUAUUUCACGCGGGAGGUUGAAGUUGCGGCAUCUGUAGCUGAACAGGGUAAAGUGCACAAGGAUGAUUCAUCAGUGGGAAACUCACAGUUGACAGAUUCAGCAGUUGAGCAAAGACCAGCCAGAUCCCUACCUCAGCGGACACUGCAACAACCAGGUCAGCCGAAAUCCAUCCUUAAGAAGUCAAAUGGUGACGAGACCAGUGGCACAAAUGGCGGUGGUAAGGGAACUCGUGUAAGAUUCAUUUUGGGUGAGGAAGAAACAGAUAGAGGGGGAGAACAAUCGAUGAUUGGUAAUAAGAACAUUAACAACAAUGCUAGUUUUGUUGAUGGUGGUGCAUCUUCUUCAACUAAUCAUGGAUUGGGUUUUAAUAGUAAGAAUAUUGUCAUUCCUACAUCUUCCUUGCCUAUACUUCCUGUACCUACUGCUGUUGAUAUUUUAAGACCGCCGAACUUUUUGAACCAUACUGAAUUAGCACCAAGAAAUGGUCAUAAUAUUAACAGUGUGAAUGCACCAUCCACUAUCCCAACUCCCCCUAAUGUGGAUAUCUCACAGCAGAUGAUGGGCCUUUUAAAUAAGUGCAGUGAUGUUGUUAGUAAAGUGACAGAUUAUCUAGGAUAUGUGCCUAUGCAUCCUCUAUAAAAUUGAGAAAAGUAGCAAGAGGGAGGGGGAGGAGGGGGAGGGGCAGG